AUGCGUACAUGGCUCUACAUCGCGGGUGCCUUGCUGGCGCUUUACGUUAGGCACUGGGUCAAGACCUCAAGAACACGUCGGGUUCACGAUGCUCUCAUUAAACAGCAUGGUUGCCGUCCUCCGCCGCUCCUUCAGAACCAGCGUCCAUUUGGGGUUGAUCGACUCGAGCAGAUCUUUCGCGCCGACGCUGAAUCGAGACUGAUGGAGCUGUUCCUGUUCCAUUUCCGUCAGACGGGUUACACAUUGAAGCAGUGCUUCUUAGGGACGCCGGCUUAUGGGACCGUUGAUCCCGCCAACCUAGAAGCUAUGUUGAACUCCAGGUUCAACGAUUUCUCGAACGGCCCUCGCCGUGCCAUCACCUUUCCGAUGUUUGGCGACGGUAUCUUCACGCAGGAUGGUGAGGCGUGGAGGCACUCAAGGAAGAUGCUACAACCUCAACUUGUCCACCGGCAGUAUGAAGACCUCUCUGUCUUCCGGCAGCCUAUGGAUGAUCUCCUUGAAGUCUUGCCUACGGGUGGUGGCGUCGUUGACCUACAGCCCUUAUUCUUCCGCUAUACCCUCGAUGUCACCACGGCCUUCUUGUUCGGCGAGUCCAUUCGCAGUUUGAAGGCUUCCGAGGAUGCUACCAAGGUGACCUUUGCCAGUGCGUUCGAUACGGCGCAGAAAUGGGUCACCAAGCGAUUCCGCUUGCUGGAUCUUUAUUGGCUCAUCGGCGGCAGGGAGUUCUACCAGGCCUGCAACCACAUACACCGGUUCGCCGACGAGAUCAUUGAGCAGAACCUACAGAAGGAGAAGGCGACCGACGAGAGCGAUAUGCGAUAUGUGUUUCUCAAGCAUGUGGACGAGCAGUCUGAUGACCGUGCCGCUCUCCGCGGUCAAAUCAUCAACAUCCUGACUGCCGGCAGAGACACAACAGCUUGCGCGUUGUCCUGGACAUUGUAUGGUCUCCUAGCUCCUUUCGUCUCCUUAGAUGUCGAGGAGGCUAACUGGACUCGUAGCUUCCAUCUAGUCAGACACCCGAGUGUCAUGGCAAAACUCCAAGCGGAGAUUGCUGAGCUGCCAAGCGGAGUCGAUGGACCGAUUACGCGCACCGACCUGAAGAACCUGAAGUAUCUCCAGAACGUUAUGAAAGAAAUUCUUCGAUUAUACCCUUCUGUGCCAGUGAACACCAGGACGUCGACCACAGACACAGUACUGCCCACCGGGGGCGGGCCUGACAGGAAAUCCCCCGUCUUCAUCCCUAAGGGAUCAGCCGUUGCCUAUAGCGUCUACACCAUGCAUCGGCGGCCUGACCUGUACGGCAUGGAUGCCGAGGUAUUCCGCCCCGAGCGCUGGGAGGAAGAGAUGCCUCUGGAUAAGGACCCCAUAACCCAGAGAUGGGGAUACCUGCCUUUCAGCGGCGGCCCAAGGCUGUGUCUAGGAAUGGACUUCGCCCAAACACAAGCAGCGUACACGAUCGUUCGAAUCCUCCAACGAUACCCAACGAUCAAGUUACCCGCAGGAGAAACUGUCGAACUCACUGGCGUUGAGAAACAGACAAUGACACUAGUACUACAGAUCGGAGAGGGCUGCAAAGUCGAAUUACAGUGA